AUGGACCCCGCAAAGCCUGUCGACCUGCCUGAGAGGCCCAAGGAGGCCACCGAGCCUACGGACCCACCCAAGAAGUCCAAGAGCCAGGAGAAGAAAGAGGCCGCAGCGGCCAAGAAAGCGGCGGCCAAGCUAGCAAGACAGGACCAGCCCAAGCCAAAGGGAGAGCCAAAGGCACCCAAGGCUAAGGAAGCCCCUGCGCCCCGGGACCCCGAUGCUAUGUUCAAGGUCGGCUUCCUGCACGACGUUUACCAGGAAAAGCCCCUCUCCGAUACCGUCCCCAAGAUCCGCACGCGAUUCCCGCCCGAGCCUAACGGAUAUCUCCACAUCGGCCACAGCAAGGCCAUCGCAAUCAACUUUGGAUUUGCCAAGUACCACGGCGGCGAGUGCAUCCUGCGCUUUGACGAUACCAACCCAGAAGGCGAGGAGGAGCGGUACUACAAUGCCAUUAGGGAGAUUGUGACAUGGCUGGGCUUUACACCUGUGCGUGAGACCAACGCCAGUGAUAACUUCGACCGCCUCUACGAGCUCGCAGAGGACCUCAUCAAGCGUGAUGGCGCAUAUGUCUGCCAUUGCAACAAAUCCGAGAUCAAGGCCCAGCGUGGUGAGCUCGAGGGCGGCCAGCGCGGCGGAGAACGCUUUGCAUGCAGCCACCGCACACGACCUAUCGAGGAGUCCAUGGCCGAAUUCCGUGCCAUGCGCGACGGAAAAUAUAAGGCUGGCGAGGCAGCGCUUCGCAUGAAGCAGGAUAUCACAGACCCGAACCCGCAGAUGUGGGAUCUGUUCGCCUGGCGCAUCAUGGGCACCGAGGACAAGCAUCACCACCUCACCGGUGGCAAGUGGAAGAUUUACCCGACCUACGACUUCGCGCACUGUUUGUGUGAUAGCAUUGAGGAAAUCUCCCACUCGCUGUGCACAACCGAGUUCGAGCUUUCCCGUGUUUCGUAUGAGUGGCUCUGCGAUAAGCUGGAGGUCUACCGCCCCAACCAGCGCGAGUACGGCCGUCUCAACAUCACCGGCACAGUUCUGUCCAAGCGCAAGAUCAUUCAGCUUGUCAAGGAAGGACAUGUGCGCGACUGGGAUGACCCACGCCUGUACACGCUCAUCGCGCUGCGCCGUCGCGGCGUGCCCCCGGCGCGAUCCUCGCCUUCGUCAACGACCUCGGCGUAA